AUUACAAUGAAGGUGAUCCAGGGUCUGUACAGUGGAGUCACCACCGUGGAGCUGGACACUCUGGCAGCCGAGACCGCCGCCACCCUCACCACCAAACAUCCUGACUAUGCGAUCCUGGCUGCAAGAAUCGCUGUGUCUAACCUGCACAAAGAGACCAAGAAAGUCUUCAGUGAUGUGAUGGAGGACCUGUACAACUAUGUCAACCCCUUAAAUAAGCGUCACUCACCUAUGAUCUCCAAGGAGACGCUCGACAUUGUCCUUGAGAACAAAGCUCGCCUCAACUCUGCCAUCAUUUUCGACAGAGACUUUUCUUACAACUUCUUUGGCUUUAAGACUCUGGAACGGUCGUACUUAUUGAAGAUUAAUGGCAAAGUUGCUGAGAGACCCCAGCACAUGUUAAUGAGAGUGGCCGUCGGGAUUCACAAAGGAGACAUUGAUGCAGCCAUUGAGACCUACAACUUGCUGUCAGAGAAAUGGUUCACCCAUGCCUCACCUACUCUGUUUAAUGCUGGCACCAACAAGCCACAGCUGUCCAGUUGUUUCUUGCUCGCCAUGAAGGACGACAGCAUCGAGGGCAUUUAUGACACACUGAAGCAGUGUGCCCUCAUCUCUAAAUCAGCUGGUGGUAUUGGAUUGGCUGUUAGCUGUAUCAGAUCAACAGGCAGCUAUAUUGCUGGGACUAACGGCAAUUCCAACGGGCUGGUUCCUAUGCUUAGAGUCUACAACAACACAGCACGUUAUGUUGACCAGGGUGGCAACAAAAGACCCGGGGCCUUCGCUAUGUACCUGGAGCCGUGGCAUUUCGAUGUGUUUGACUUCUUGGAGUUGAAGAAAAACACAGGUAAAGAGGAGCAGAGGGCCAGAGAUCUGUUCUUCGCAAUGUGGAUCCCAGACCUCUUUAUGAAACGAGUGGAAAGCAAUCAGGACUGGUCCCUGAUGUGUCCUAGUGAAUGUCCUGAUUUAGAUGAGUGCUGGGGAGAAGAGUUCGAGGAGCUCUACACUCGCUAUGAGAAGGAGGGCAGGGUUAAGCGUGUGGUGAAGGCUCAGCAGCUGUGGCACGCCAUCAUCGAGUCACAGACAGAAACCGGCACACCAUACAUGCUCUACAAGGACGCCUGCAACAGGAAGAGCAACCAGCAGAAUCUGGGCACCAUCAAAUCCAGCAAUCUGUGCACAGAGAUUGUAGAGUACACAAGCAAAGACGAGGUUGCAGUGUGUAACCUGGCAUCCAUUGCCCUCAACAUGUAUGUCACCCCAGAGAGGACGUUUGACUUUAAGAAGCUUCUAUCUGUCACCAAAGUCAUCGUCAGGAAUCUGAACAAGAUUAUUGACAUCAACUACUACCCAGUUCCUGAAGCUGAAAGGUCUAACAUGCGCCACAGGCCGAUUGGUAUCGGAGUGCAAGGUCUGGCUGAUGCCUUCAUCCUUAUGCGUUACCCAUUCGAAAGCCAGGAGGCCCAGCUUCUCAACAUCCAGAUCUUUGAGACCAUCUACUAUGGUGCCCUGGAGGCCAGCUGUGAGCUGGCAGCUGAGCUCGGUCCUUAUGAAACUUACGUUGGCUCCCCUGUCAGCAAGGGAAUCCUUCAGUAUGACAUGUGGGGCCAGACCCCGACAGAUUUGUGGGACUGGAAAGCAUUGAAGGGGAAAAUUGCCAAGCAUGGUGUGAGGAACAGUCUGCUUCUGGCCCCCAUGCCCACAGCCUCCACUGCCCAGAUCCUCGGCAACAAUGAAUCCAUUGAGCCCUACACCAGCAACAUCUACACCCGUAGGGUGCUCUCAGGAGAGUUUCAGAUUGUGAAUCCUCACUUGCUGAAGGAUUUAACAGAAAAAGGAUUGUGGAACGAUGAAAUGAAGAACCAGCUGAUUGCUCAGAACGGCUCCAUCCAGGAUAUUGAAGAGAUCCCUGAUGAUCUGAAGCAGCUGUAUAAAACUGUGUGGGAAAUCUCCCAGAAGACUGUCCUCAAGAUGGCAGCAGAUCGUGGCGCCUACAUUGACCAGAGUCAGUCCCUCAACAUCCACAUUGCUGAGCCAAACUAUGGCAAACUGACCAGCAUGCAUUUCUACGGCUGGAAGUUGGGCCUGAAAACUGGCAUGUACUACCUGCGGACAAAGCCCGCUGCCAACCCCAUUCAGUUCACCCUGAACAAAGAGAAAUUAAAGGAGGCUCAGUCAGCCAAGAGCGAGGAGGAGGAGACCAAAGAACGUAACACUGCCGCCAUGGUUUGUUCACUAGCAAAUAAAGACGAGUGCCUGAUGUGUGGCUCUUAAUUAAAGUGUGGUUUACUGACACAUAGUUGCAUUCUUCUAUUUUCAUACAUGUUUUAUAUACACCACUGUCUUCAGGUUUAUAAAUCUUUGCAGUUUUUAUUUAAAGUUUGUUGGAUUUUCAUCAUGAUGUGUGUUAUAUGCUUGUUCUGUAUAGAAUUAAUAGGAUGAAUUAAUAUUUACCAGUAGGUUUUUUUAAAAUCAACUGUUUUGUAUGUUUUGUAAUAUGUUGGUGGCAGCAAUGAAAUAACUAAUGAUAUGGUCUGUAUUUUAGAUAAAAUAAACUGUUUUAAUUUAAAUGAAGUCUUAUUAGUUAUUACAUUAUUGUAAAGAAUAUGUGAGCCUGCACCAUGUACUAUGUUUUCUAGUUCAGAGGUUCCCAACCUUGUCUGGCCUGUGACUACUUCAACUUUUCUCUUAAAACAAUGCUCUCUCUAUUUGUGACACAUUGUCAAAGAUGUAUUUGUUUUCAUAAGCCUGAAUAGGUGUUACAAAAAUCAGUAAUUCACAAAAAAAGGAGCA